AGAGAGAGAGGAAGAGAGAGAGAGAAAGAGAGAGAGAGCGCACGGUGUAGAGGGCAACGCUGCCAAAGAGUAAUCACGGAUUUUUGCUCAAGAGCAGGCCAGUUAUUUCCCUCUCGCACUUGGCAGCGGCCCGCCGCCGCCGACCCCAUGCAGCGCCCAUGGCUUGCCAAGGGGUCGCGCAGAGCAGCACAGAGGCGGCCCCGGCGACGGCGCAUGGCGUCGAGGCAGGCCCCCGCCGGUGGCCCGACAGGGCAGAGCCGCAGACGGAGAGGCGGCGAUUGGUUGCGCGGGUGCCCGAGGAUGCGGUGCCGGGAGAGACGAAGCUGCGCAUCCGCGUCGGCCCGGAGGAGAGUUUGGUGGCCAGGGUGCCCGCAAGCGCGUGCCCGGGGGCGGACGGCCUGGCGUUCAUGCGGGACGGCUCGGGCAGCUGGUGCGCGGAGCUCGUGCCCGGGCAGGUCCUGCAGGCGUCCUCGCUCGUCGCCGACCCCUCGCCUGGCAAGAUCUGCACCAGUGUGACUCUUACGCACGUCGCACUGGAUCCUGAUCAGGGCUUUCAGGAGCUGCGGGAGGCAGCCGUGGCGGCCGGAGCCGUGGUCAGCCCGAAGAUCCGCCGCAGCUCCGUGGAGGGCCUGGGCAUCGCAGGCAUGGUAGCUCACGAGCCCAUCGAAGAAGGGGAGCUGCUGCUCUCCAUCCCCUCCUCGCUGCACCUGACGCCUUCCAGGCUGAGCAGAGCGAUGCCCGAGCUGCACGCGGCAGUUUGCUCUCUGCCCGGGCUGUGCGAUCGGCUGCGCGUGGAGGUCACCCAUGCCGCCUGCCUCGCUGCGAUGCUGGGCGAGGCGAUCUGUCGCGCCGAGGCGCUGGCCAGCGGAGGCGCCGAGGAGCCGCCGCCUGCCAGCGCAGCCGCGCGGGUGUGGGCCCGGUACUGCGACGCGCUGCUUGGGGAGGACUUCAGCGACCACCCCUACUGGCGCUGCCUCGACGACGCCGAGCAGGCGCGCGCCCUUCUGGCGCCGUCGCGGGAGUACGAGCACGCGGGGGCGAUGGUCAGGGAGCUGGUCCGGGCCUACUGGGCCAUUGCGCGCGGCGUGGCCGCGGAGCUGCUCGGGACGCGCUUCGACGCGGGACUUCUGAUCCAGGCGAGGCUCUGCGUCCUCUCCCGCGUGUUCCGCACGUCGGAGAGGUACGCUGCCGUGCCGCUCGUCGACCUCUUCAACCACUCCGAGCAGCCCGGGGCGGCCUGGCUCUGGGACGCGGGGCGUGAUGCCAUGGUGGUGACGGCGUGCCGCGCGCACGCGCCCCAGGAGCAGAUCUGCAUCUCCUACGGGGCCCACUCCAACCCGCUGCUCUUCCGCACGUACGGCUUCACCCUGCCGCCCGGCGCGGAGCCGUCGUGGACCUUUGUCCUGCAGGGCACGAAGCCCCGGGCGCUGUACGAGAAGUACCUCCCGGCGAGGCACGCGGAACUGAACAUCCACUUGGACUCCGCCCAGUUCCAGGACUCCCUCGUGGAGGCCCUGAACGCUUGCGCGGAGGUGGGCCAGGACCCGCGCGAGUUCCUCCUGGAGCUCUGCCGCCAGUGCCAGCGGCCCUACGAGGACGACCCGCUGCUGCGCCCCGCGCUGGCGGCGCUGGCGCGCCGCCGCGGCAGCGAUCCGUCCUCCGGCGCGUGGUGGGAGGAGGCCGUGCCGGCCAGAGCAGCCCGCUGGGAGGAGCCGUGCAGGCGGGUGAAGAUGAGCGAGUACUUGUGCCUCGUCGCGCACGCCGAGGCCGCGGAGGUGGCCCUCGGGCGGCCUCCCGCGGGUGGCGGCUGCCUCGCCGCCGCCGCGACGGUGCGCUCGCUGCUCGCGGAUGCCUUCGAGGAGCUGAGGCAGCAUGGGCGAUUCGGCAUCGACGUCCGCCCUGCCUGCUGAGCUUCACGGAGUGGCGUGUGCUGGUCCUGGCAGGGCACGACCGCGGACGAGAGCGAGCGCUGACAAAAGCGCGUCCAGCUGCGCCGCUGCGGAUGUCCGCCGCCGCUCCGUGC